CCGCGAUGUGAGCCGGAGAGGCGGAAGGCGCUGCCCGCAUGGCCGGGGGGGGCGGCGGCAGGAAUGUGCCCCUGAGCGGCGGGCCCCGCGACGGCAUGAGGCGGGACGGCGGCGCCGAGCCGUACUGGUCCAGGCCCGAGUCCCGUGUGUGGACGGCGAUGCUGCUGCUGGGGACGUGCCUGCUGUACUGUGCCCGUGUCACCGUGCCCAUCUGCGCCGUGGCGCUCAGCUCCUACUUCGACUGGGACAAGAAGCAGUUCGGCGUCGUGCUCAGCAGCUUCUUCUGGGGCUACUGCUUGACGCAGAUCGUCGGAGGACACGUCAGCGAUCAAAUAGGAGGUGAGAAAGUCCUCCUCCUUUCAGCAUCAGCCUGGGGGUUCCUCACAGUCCUCACCCCGCUGCUCACCCACAUCACUUCGGCCCAUCUGGUUUUUAUGACCUCCUCCAGGUUCCUCAUGGGGCUGCUGCAAGGGGUGUACUUCCCAUCCCUGGCCAGCCUGCUGUCCCAGAGGGUCCGGGAGAGCGAGAGAGCCUUCACCUACAGCACGGUGGGGACGGGAUCACAGUUUGGAACGCUGCUGAUCGGUGGUGCAGGAUCUCUCCUCCUGGAUUGGUACGGCUGGGAAAGUGUUUUCUACUUCUCUGGUUUGCUCACUUUGCUCUGGGUUUAUUGCACCUGCAAAUACCUCCUGGGUGAAAAAGAACUCACCAUCCCCCUAGACUAUUUAACGAGAGGCCUCUCCAUACCCAAGCAGACCAAAGUUCCCUGGAAGCAGCUGUUUAGGAAGGCACCGAUCUGGGCUGUCAUCAUCGCUCAGCUCUCCACGGCCAGCACGUUCUUCACUCUCCUCUCCUGGCUGCCAACUUUCUUCAAGGAAACUUUCCCCGAGUCGAAGGGUUGGGUGUUUAAUGUAGUCCCCUGGCUGGUUGCAAUUCCGACGAGCUUGUUCAGUGGGUUUCUGUCUGAUCAUUUAAUUAGUCAAGGGUACAGAACCAUCACCAUUCGUAAGUUCAUGCAGGUCAUUGGCUCUGGCCUCUCAAGCAUUUUUGCUUUGUGCCUGGGCCAGACCUCCAGUUUCUGCAAAGCAAUCGUGUUUGCCUCAGCCUCUGUUGGACUGCAGACCUUUAACCACAGUGGCAUUUCAGUGAACGUGCAGGACCUGGCCCCCUCCUGUGCUGGCUUGCUGUUUGGGGUUGCAAAUACAGGUGGAGCCCUCCUAGGUGUCGUCUGUGUGUACCUGGCUGGGUACCUCAUCGAGACCACUGGCUCCUGGAUCUCUGUUUUCAACCUGGUGGCUGCUGUGAACAGCAUUGGGCUCUGCACAUUCCUCCUGUUUGGAGAGGCCCAGAGGGUGGACACAGACUCUGUGUACGUGGAUCUUUAGAGAUGAGCCCAAGAAGCAGCUGAAGGACAGGAGAGUGUCACAUCUAUGGGCCAUCCUUGCACAAGUGCCAAAGAACAUUUUGCUUUUUUUUUUUUUUUUUUUUUAGGUGUUUUAACAGGAAAAAAAAAUGCUGAAACCGAGUACAUAAUGGGUCUGGAUGAAACCCAUGGGAGAAAAGAAAUUUAGGGUUCAUUUUUUUCGCUCAGGGCUGUAGCUGGUGGCUUGCAAGAGCCAUCCAGCUCAACAUCUCCAGUGAGAUAUGGUCUGUGGGACCAGUUUAUCCCAUCUGUGUCUCGUGGACAAACAUCCUUGUGGCCAAAGCAGCUGACCUGGCGUGUCUCCCAAGGCUGCUGUGGUCCCAUGGCCUCUUGAGGGGAGCUGUUCUCCACGUGGCAGCGUGGCUCCUGUGCUCUGCUGUCCUGGGACCCCCUGGCUGCUUUGCCCCGGGUGUCCUGUGAGCUGUGACAGGAACAUCCCAACGAGUACCUCUGCCCUUAACCCCCGCGCGUGCCUUCGUCCUGCAGCAGCUCCCAGCCAGCUUUCUGGGCUUGUGAGGUGAAAUCCAGGCUUCUCUUCAGGGGAUGUGUGGCUGGAUGUGUGCCCAGGGCCACGGGGCUGUGUCAGUACUGCUCUCACUGAGCUGGGGGAGGGCUCCAAACCAAGCCUGGCUUUGCUUGCCCAGCGUGUCCCUUCUCUCCCUGGUGGCUUCAGCCCAGCCCAGGUGGAGCAGCUCCACCAUGAGAGCAGAGCUGAGCUGUCCCCUGGGGUCAGGCUUAGCUGGGCUGACCUUGCAGUGCAGCAGCAGCUGAGGAAACCAUUCCCUUUGGAGCUGUUUUGUCAAAUGCUGUGAAUGUAUGGGAAGAGCCAGUCGCACUCUGUGCUGUGGAUCUACAACUCCCAAAUGCUUUCUGCAUGAUUAAAUGUGUCCUCCACGUGCUCUCAAAGGGCUGAGGGAGGCUUUCCAAAGAGCUUGGCAUGGGCAGGUGUUGUUUCUGUGUUAAGCAUAAAUCAAAUUUUUGCAUUGGGCAUCCUUAGAGAUGUGGUUCCCUGAGUCAGAGGGAAAUACUUGGCUGUAGACACCUCUGAGCCUGAAUGUCUUAAAGUUAUUUAUAAAUAUUUUAAAAUUUAAGUGCCAAAUCCUCUAUUUUAUGUACUUGAGGCCUGAUUCUGUCUGCUUGUUCUGAGUGGUAGUCCCACCAAAUCCAACACGAAGGGGAGGAUCUACCAGCCUCCAGUGUUUGGUUCUGUAGGGUCAAUUUGAAAGGUGAAUUUCAUAUUAAAGCAAUUUAUUGCUUCUCCUCCAAUCCCUUGAUUGCAGCCUGAAAGGAUCUCUUGGGUCUCUCUAGUGCUUACCAGAAGACUCAGGCUGAGGAGCAGGUUUCCCCAGGACCCUGCAGUGCAGAAAUGCUAUAGGUUCAGGUGGAAAAAAAAUAAAAAUCCUAUUAUCCUCUUCCUCACCUUUUGUUUUGGCCAAAUUUCUCCUUGGAAGACCUGUUGGAGCCAUGUAAAGUUGGAAUAGCCUGGUUUGUAGUGAAGAUGCUGACAGCCUUUUAGUUGCAGAGACACUGAUGGGCAUCCCUGAGCUGAGCUGAGCCACUUGCUGGGCAGAGUCAGAGAUUAGGAUGCAACUGCCUGAUGUCUUCCCAAGAGAAUAAACCAUCAACGUGGCCUGACUGGGGACAGAGGCGUAAGAAAGUAUUUUGUUUUACUCCUUCUGUGCCCGUUUUUUCUCUCAAAGGCUGUUUGCUGCCGUAGGUACCACUUUGUGCUGGGGUGCUGCAGAGCCAGGAAUGCUGCUGGGAACUCUUAAAUCACUGGGUAAAUUGAGAAGAACACCCAGUGGCAGCAAACACAAACACAAACACAGCCAGGCUUGCCAAAGAGGCCCGAGGCUGUGCAGACAUCUCUGUCAGCUUGUCCUUUGUCCAGUCUGAGCAGAUUGCUUGCAUGGCCUUUUCUACAGUGACAGAAAAAUAACCUCCAUGGCUUUUGUGGGGUUUUGGAAUAUCUUCCCUGGCCAUUCAGUGCUGCAGGUCAGGGGCACAAGGAGUCGAUUCUGGUUCUCUUUGCUGGUUGCACCAUUUCUUGUGGAGGAGUUGAUGAGUUUAAAUCACUGGAGUUUGAAUCAGGCCACCCCUGGGAUCCGCCAGCUGGGAAAUUGAAAUGGAUCUUCAAAGGGAAGUGUUUGGCUGUGCCUUCUGUGUGAGUCCAGCUACGUUUCCAGUGAGCUGUCCAAGUUACCUGUCUCUGUAACUGGCUAAUAAGUUAAAUGUUUGACCUACACUUGAGGCUUAUGUUUCAUUUUCAUCAUACGCCUUCGGUGAAGGAUUGGAACCGUUUUGCAUAUCUGUGCUCUUAUUUGUUUGAGCCAAAGCUUGUGGUCUGCGAGCUUUUGCUGUGGAAGGACCUAAAAAAAAAAUAAAGGCAGCAAAUCAUUUCAAGCUGA